CCGCGCGGCGUGCUUGCGGCUGCGCAAUCGAGUGGAGGUGGAACCGGGCCUUGGCACGGGUUGGGAUCCCUGGAGGGACUUGGCUGCCGUGGCUGCGUCAUCUGCCCGUCUUGAAUACCACUCAGCUGGAGGUUGUUGGACAUGGAAGCCUCCAGACAAAGAGGUAUAAACCUGGGCUUAUUGAUGCUAUUGUUGCCCCUCCAGAUAUGGUCUCAACGGUUUACUUUCAGAGAUAUAGGAACCAAGAAACAGUGCAUGUGUCCGCUUGAUUUCUGGCUCGAGAAUUACAUCUUGUUUGUAAGUGCCUCCAUCGCAAGGCAAGGAAGGGCAGUGCUCAAGCGCUACCUACUCAUCUCUCCAAGCUGCUGCCAAAGUCCUGGGGUAAAGACCGCGGAUAGAAGAGACAGUAUUUUGUCUUGCAUUUAUGUCGGCGAUGAGGAUGACAACUAUCUUUCACCAGGUCGAGGAUCCGUGAGGAAAACCAGAAAUGGGCUUACCUCCUCGGUUCGGGAGGACUCAACGUAAAUCGACCGACAAAUAGGGGCGUGUGUGGCAGUUGAGCGAUGGAGAUAUCGACAGUCUUGUGUCGCUCGUCGAGACGGCUAUUGCGCUGUAGCCAUCUCGUGUUUUCUCGACUUGGAUGCACAGUGUAGAUAUCGGUCGUGGUGGUUCUUGAAAGUUGGGGGAGGAAGCAGGCCGGUCGGCC